AUGGCAGAGUUUCCUCUUGAUCCAAUGCUAUCUAAGAUGAUUGUUGCUUCCGACAAAUGUAAGUGCUCGGAUGAGGUUAUUUCCAUCGCUGCUACGCUUUCUGUUGGUAAUUCAAUUUUUCACUGUCCAAAGGAAAAACAAGUCCACACUGACAAUACGCAACUGAAUUUUCAAACUGGGAACGUGGGAGAUCACAUUGCCUUGCUUAAUAUUUACAACACAUGGAAAGAUGUAAAUUACUCAACACAAUGGUGCUACGAAAAUUUUGUACAGGUUAGGAGCAUGAAAAGAGCAAGAGACAUCCGGGAUCAACUUGAGCGGCUCCUGGAGAGGGUUGAGAUUGAAAUAACCUCAAAUCCUGCUGAUUUAGUGUCGAUAAAGAAGGCCAUUGCCUCAGGUUUCUUCCCUCAUGUGGCAAGGUUGCUUAAAAAUGCAUGUUACAGAAGAAUCAAACAUCCAGAGACUGCCUACUUACACCCCAGCUCAGGGCUAGCACAAGUGUCUCCGAAAUGCGUUUUAUACCAUGAAAUUGUGCUCACAGCAAAAGAAUAUAUGAGGAAUGUAACGGAGACAGAGCCGAAGUGGUUGGCACAAAUAGCUCCACAUUAUUACCAGCUAAAGGAUGUUAAGGAUUCUGAAUCAAAGAAGAUGCCUCGCUGCCAAACCACUUCAACUGAAUACUGUAUUUAG